AUGUCGGGCUUCGACGCUGGCCGCGUCUUCUCCGCCCAGGCACUCGCCGGGUCGGAAGCGUCUCGAGCUCCCGAUGCUCCAGCGCAGACCGAGCAGACGCUGUUCAACUUUGUCCAGACCUUCCGCACGGGCAGCGACUACAUCUAUCGCGAUCGUCUGCGCGCCAACCUGCUCGCAAGGCAGUACGUCCUCGAGGUGCAGCUCGAGCACAUCCAGCUGUGGAGCAACGAUCUCGCGCAAGCACUGCGUGACACGCCCUCGGACAUCCUCCCGCUCUUCGAGUCGGCGGUCAAGCGCGCCGCACGCGCCAUCCUGUACCCGGUCAUCACGCCCGGUGAGCCGCGUCCCGAUGCACCCGACUGCCAGGUCACGCUGCGCAGCCAUGCCAACCUCACACCCAUGCGCGAUCUCCAUGCCGACAGCAUCUCGCACCUCGUGCGUGUGCCAGGUAUCGUCAUCGGCACCACCACGCUCUCGUCGCGUGCCACCCACAUCCAGAUCAUGUGCCGCGACUGCCGUGCCACCAAAUCGCUUCCUGUCGUCUCGGGCUUCGGCGGCUUCACCUUACCACGCUACUGCGACUCGACCAAGAUGGACACCACCGCACCCCAGUGCUCCACGGAUCCGUACGUCAUCCUGCACGACAAGUGCCGAUUCGUCGACAACCAGACGGUGAAGCUGCAGGAGGCGCCUGACAUGGUGCCCGUGGGAGAGCUGCCGCGCCACAUGCUCAUGUCGGUCGACCGUGCGCUGUGUGGACGUGUGGUGCCCGGCUCGCGCAUCAUCGCCACGGGCAUCUAUUCCACCUUUACAAGCGCCAAGGGCGGCAAGGGCUCCAAGGCCGGUGCCAUCGCACUGCGCACACCAUACCUCCGCGUGGUCGGUCUAGAGAUUGACGCCGAAGGCGCCGGUGGUCGCGGUAUGGCGCGCAUCUUCUCUGCCGAGGAGGAGGAGGAGUUUGCGCGUCUCUCGAGGUCCCCAGAGCUGUACGAAAAGUUUUCGGCGAGCAUCGCGCCAAGUAUCUUUGGCAACCAAGACAUCAAGAAGGCCAUCGCCUGUCUCCUCUUCGGCGGCUCCAAAAAGGUGCUGCCAGACGGGAUGCGACUGCGUGGCGAUAUCAAUGUGCUCAUGCUCGGUGAUCCCGGUACAGCCAAGUCGCAGCUGCUCAAGUUUGUCGAAAAGGUGUCGCCCAUCGCCGUGUACACUUCGGGCAAGGGUUCGUCCGCCGCCGGUUUGACCGCCUCGGUGCAGCGGGAUCCGCAGUCGCGCGAGUUUUACCUCGAAGGCGGAGCGAUGGUGCUGGCCGACGGCGGAGUGGUGUGCAUCGACGAGUUUGACAAGAUGCGUGACGAGGACCGCGUGGCGAUCCACGAGUCGAUGGAGCAGCAGACCAUCUCGAUCGCCAAGGCGGGCAUCACCACCAUCCUCAACACGCGAACCUCGGUGCUUGCGGCGGCCAACCCGAUCUUUGGACGAUACGACGACAUGAAGUCGCCCGGCGAGAACAUCGACUUUCAGACCACGGUGCUGUCUCGAUUUGACAUGAUCUUCAUCGUCAGGGACGAGCACAACGAGCAGCGCGACCGCACCAUGGCCAAGCACGUGAUGAACAUCCACAUGAAUCGCGCCAACGACACGACGGCGACGGGCGAGUUCGACAUUGAGCAGAUGAAGCGCUACAUUUCGUUCUGCAAAUCGCGGUGUGCGCCGCGUCUGUCGCCCGAGGCGGCGGAGAAGCUGUCGUCGCACUUCGUGGCGCUGCGAAAGCAGGUGGCGCAGGUGGAGCGCGACAACGACGAGCGCUCCUCGAUCCCGAUCACCGUGCGUCAGCUCGAGGCGAUCGUGCGUAUCUCGGAGUCGCUCGCCAAGGUGACGCUGUCGCCGACGGUGGGCGAGGAGCACGUCGACGAGGCCAUGCGUCUCUUCCGCUCCUCGACCAUGGACGCGGUGCAGGCGGGCAACGUGGAGGGCAUGACGCGAGGCGAGCUCGCCGAAGAGUGCCAGAAGCUCGAACGCGAGAUCCGCCGAAGGCUGCCCAUCGGAUGGAGCACGAGCUACGGCAAGCUGCGCCACGAGUUUGUCGAGAGCCAGGGCUACACCAACCACGCGCUCGAGCGCACGCUCUUCAUCCUCGAAAAGCGCGACGUGAUCCGCUUCACCAACCAGCGCAAGAUGCUCACCAGGACCGGUGUCGUUUACAAAGGUUUUGAAACAGGCAUGCACGUCGUGACGGCGCAUGCAGAAGAGGAGACUGGCUUCGGAGCGAUUGCAGAUACGGUGCAGCCGUUGCCUUCCCUCCCUCACGCAGGCGCGAGCAACUGUCACCGCCUCAUCGCCGCCCCCACGCCUGCUGCAGCCCGCAUAGCGGAGGCGUUGACGCUGCUGUGCCGCUGGCGAGAUAAGACGGAUGCGCUCCGGCUUUGGCAUGGCAGCCUCGUUUGGAGGGGUUUCGGUGGAACCCCGGAGAUGGCGCGGUCGGCACGGAAGUCAGAGUGUGGAGCUGAUCGGUCCAUUAUCCUAGCCCAGCGCAGCAGCAGGCGAAGUUGUUUCCCCAAAGUUUCGAAAGAGACACGACACGCCUUUACCGCCUCUUGUCCGUUCUCGAGCGGUCUCGUGCAUGUAGAAGCCUGCAGACUUCUUCAGGCUGCUUUGCAAUCUUCCGUCGGGCUCUUCGGUGGGCUCUGCACCGGUCUGACUCCGCAAUCGUCCAUAUCAAAUCGGCAUGAAGAGGUGCCAGUGCCGUAUCAGGGCGCCACAUUCCGAGCGCCGUCAAGCCUCCCGUCGACUUGCUCCGUAUCGGGUCACAUCCGCGAGGUUCAGAGCGCCGGCACUCGUCGACCGAGAUGGGGUGCACUGGAGCAGAGAGUGCCAACCCAUCCGCGCCCACGCCUGCCACCUGCCGCCUGCUCUGUCUUUUCGCUUCUCCCACCUGCUGCAGCCGUCUCGCGUCUGAGCCCACUUGACCUCAAAUCGCCUGGCUCAGCUCGUUCUCAUCCUCGCUCAGGCGCAGGCUCUGGCCCUUUCUUUUGCACCUCUCGCCAAGGCAGAAGAGCAACUGCAGGACGUGUUGCAGUCGUCCGUAUCUCAAUCCACCGCCUCACCAUCCUCUCUCCGCGCGGCGUCGGCCAUCAAUCCGCCUCUCACGUUCACCAUCUCAUCACUAUCACCGCAACUGCUACCGUCUACUCCAGCACGCCUCCGCUCACGGCUUACAGACGCGAGCUAGCUCGAGACCAACGCGGCCUCCUAGGCUCCAAUCGCAUCGCGCCGUUCCUGCUCCGCUUCUCGUCUCGCCUAUACGCUCACACGAGCCCAUCCAGCAGCCUGCCAUAG